UAAAAAUGGAAAGGAGUUCAUCAGUGAUGGGAUGGAAGGAAGAACUGACCCAUGACAAAUGGACAGAGGCUCAUGUGAGCUCAUGGUUGAGGCACAUCGGAAUAAAAGAGUGCUACAUAAAAAAACUGGAGGUAGAGGAGGUAACAGGACCUGUUCUCUCAAGUCUCUCAAGACAAUAUUUGAGCAGUACAAUUGGAAUGAAAUCUGGUCAAACUGAACACCUACUUAAGAAAAGAGAUGAGCUGAUAAAGUCAGAACUGCAGCAACUAAAAACUGGAAGUGAUUCAUGUGGUAAAAGUGCAGAUGGUCAAAAAGAAAGACCCCCAAGGCAGGAAUUACACCUUCCUUCACAAAAACCUGACGACAAAACAGAGCAGGAAAAAAGUCCUAUAGAAUGCAGUGACAACUCUGCUUUUGUUGGAGUAACACUGUCCUCAUGUGAAUACCGUAAAUUUGAUGAGGAUGAGAAACACUGUAGGUAUGUAAAACACAGUGUGCUUCCUCCAGAGACAGGAAUUGAAAACCUGAUUGUCCCAUGUCAUGAAUACAAGUCACUGGAGACUGCACACACACUCGACUCAAAAAGGCUACAAGCAAAAGUAGCAAGUGAGGUGUUAAGAUUUGCAUGUGCCUGCAUGAACAUGCGAUCCAAUGGGACAAUUCAUUUUGGUGUCAUGGAUAAAGUUAAAGGCACGUACAAACAUGGAGAAAUCAUUGGGAUUCCUGUUAAAAAUAAGGAAGACUUUGUGGAUGCAUUAGAAUAUAUCGAGAGAUCCUUCAGAGAUUCAAUGCGACAAUAUGAUGCAAGGAAGUGCAUAAGACAGCCAAGAUUUAUUGAAGUUCUGGACAAGCAAACCACAGAGAAAACAUUUGUCAUUGAAUAUGAUGUUGUGCCAAAAGCCAGCAUUGUAAAAGGAAAACUUUAUCGUGUUGGCAUCCCCAAAUUCUCUGAAAAUGACAAAAAAGUCAAACUUGAAGACAGGAUUCCCUAUUGGAGGGUAGGGGCGAACACACCCCGCAUUCCUGAUGAUGAUCUUGAUGAUUUCAUUCAAGGACUGAGAGAGAAAGACCAGCAAAGAGAGGAGGCCGAAUCUUCAGAAGAUCAAAGAACUGUUGACUUUAAGGAGAACCAAAAACGAAAACUCUCCAUCCUCUUAACAUGUGGCAAAACAUACAUGGACAACUCUCUGUUUUAUAUCAUUGUGACAAACAAAAUUCAACCACAGCAGCUUCAGAGCAUCAACUUCUUGAUUCACAUGAACCUUAUUUGUGUUUUUGAUUUUGACCCUGAUUCAGAGACAUGUGGCCUUUGUGGAAAAUAUAUGGAGCACAAAGCUGUAAACUUUCACUCACUUGACAACUAUGUAAAUGACACCAGAUUGGGAAUUACCAAGCUUAAAAAUCAUUUGCAGCUCUUUAGGAAAACAAGCUGGAUUUUCUGCAAUGGCAGAGGCAAUUUCCCUGAAGAAGAACCCUGUGAUGAAAAUAUCUGGAUCAGAACUCGCAAAAAGAAACUGAAAAAGGCAGUGUCAUUAAUCUGCAAUGAAAUCCUUGACAGGCGGUCAUUUGUGGUUGUCUUUCUGCUCAUGUCUGAUGUUGAGCAGCCACUCGUUGAGACAUUCCAUGAAUUCUACGCAGAAAUGAAUGGGCAUGACUUUUUGACUGUCAUAUCAGAUUCAAGGGAAUACUAUAAAAAGUGGUCAAGUCUUGCCCAGGUGUCUUGUGAGAUGUCUACUCUUAAAGACAUCAGCAUCGCUGAAAUGCCACUGAGUCACAUAGAUGCCACUGUUCAAAGCAUUCAGCUCUCAAAGAGUCAGCCUACCAGGACAUUACCAGUCUUUAAUGGAGGUGUGUGCUUCUUGAAGUCAGUUGACGAAGAUGAGCUUGACUCUUUAGAAGUCAUCAGUAUUGACCAAUGUGAUGAAAUAAAUGUGAAGAUUCUGAGAAGGGACCAAAUCCAACAAAGGGAAAGAUACUUCUAUCGUGGUGGAAAGAUAGAGUGGAUGAACUUCUGGCUAGCUGACAAACACAAGUGUGGGGAAAUUAUAAAGAGGGAUGCUUAUGAAGAAGUAAACACAAUCCUAACAGAGAUUGUACAUCGUAGCAAAGCUGUACAUACAAUUGAGAGUGUGAACAUAUAUCAUCAUCCUGGCAGUGGUGGAAGUACAGUGGCACGGCAGAUCAUCUGGACCUGGAGGAUGAAAGUACGAUGUGCAGUUGUUAAUCAAGAUAAAGUCAUUUCAACUGUGUGUGAACAUGCUACAAGAUUAAGAGAUCAUGAUGAGAGAGACAAAAACAACUGUUUGCCUGUGCUUUUGCUCUUGGAGGACCAAAGUUCAGAGUACGUGCACGAUCUCAGACAGGAGCUCAUAAAGAACCUUGCAACCAAAAAAAUAAGUCCUUCUGUGUUGUGCUUUAUCCUGCUUAUUUGCAACAGGUCAGGUGAUCCAGAAAGAAUGUGCAGAGCAUCACCAUCCCAAACAGUCGCAAUCACACACAGGUUGUCAAGUACAGAAAGGUCUUUGUUUUCAAAAAAGGCUGAGCAAUUUAGGUCCCAGUUUCAGGAAGACAUCAUUCUACCACUUGAGUGGAUUCAGUCAAAAUACAUUGAGGAUUUUGUUAAAAACCUUCUGGAAAAAAUGGAGCAUUCAUCACCUAUAACACGCCUCAUCAGAUUUGUGGCUCUCCUGAACUGCUAUGUUGACAACUCAUUCAUUUCUGUGUCACACUGUGAAGCAUAUCUUGGCAUAGCCAACCAUGGAAAAAACUAUCUCAGUGAUGAGGCCAGGCAUAUUUUCAUCCACUUCAGGGAUGAUUCAACGCACAUAUCAUCUGUACGGAUCAUUCAUCCACUGGUGGCAAAGGAAAUUCUGAGGCAGAUGUGUGUAAAUGUGCCUCAGAGUGUUAUUGCCAUGGAUCUCAUUACAGAUAAAGUACUUGUCAAUCACAGGUUUGGCAGAGACGUGUUUCAGCAGUUCAUUAGGGCUCUCUUCAUUAGACACAACAAAAAGAGCAGAGGAGACCCUGAAGACACAGCUUUUUCACCUCUUAUUGAGCAUGUCACCACUGAAGAAGAUGGUAUACAGAAAGCUGUUGAUCUCAUGAGAGCUGCUUACUCUGCUUUGGGGAAAGAUGGAUAUGUGGCACAACAGCUUGCCCAGUUCCUUUGCACAAACCUGAGACUUAAAGAGGCUGCUGAAUGGGCAGAGAAAGCAAAAUGUCUUCUUCCUUGUCAUACUUCUGUCCUUGACACUCUGGGCCAAGUGUACAAGAGGUGGUUUUACCACUUGCAUGACACACUUGAGGAAAAACAACCUUCAACUGAAACAGGAAUUGAAAUCAUAAGCACUGCACUCAAAGGAAUGUCUGCCUUUCAGGCAUCUGAAAAGACAUUGACAGAGAUCGUCAGUAUAAACAGUUCAUACCAUGCAGUAGAUGUCGGUUGUAGACUGUUAAAAUUCUUAUCUGGAUUAGAUAUCUUCUCAAGUAGCACUGGAAAAUCUGAGUUGGUGAAGUACUUGUUAACAGAGUACAUACCAGAAGACGUUAAAAAACCUUGGCAGGAAUUCCAUUGGCAGUUGAAACAAUUACAGAAGAGGUUGCAUCAUGCAUUUGAGUUUAUUUCUGAAGAUCUCUGCUACUUUCAAACUGAUAUUCAUGUAAAGGAAGCAGAGGUUGAUGCAAGAGAUCCAGAACAAGUACCGAGUCCCAGAGAAUGGCUGACGAGGAAGGGUACAGUGUACACUGAAUUUUUUUGCACAAGACAAGUUGACACCAUCCCAGAAAGUAACAGCACUGACAUGGCCUGUCCAACUGAACCACUUUCUCCAUUCCAAAGACAGAUGAAGAGAUACCAGCUGGGUGGAGGAAACGUCACAUCAAUCCUGUCUUUAAUUCAUGACACAGAACCAGAGAGCGCAAGAGACAAACUUGAGACAAUCAUCAGCAUGCAUCCAAAAACCCAAACAUGGAAUGAACUUGAUGAAACAGAACUUGUAAACUUCAUCUUUUGCCAAAUUGCUCUUAACUGUACUCAGCUUAAGUCCUCAAAGCUUCUCUCCCUUCUAAAACUUCAAGAUCUGAGUAAGAGAUUUACUACACAAGGCAGAAACAUGUCAUCAGCAAGUGCCCUCUUCCUUGUCUCUCUUCUGUUUUGGCCUGAGACAAGUGAUGAACUGAGUCCUUCCUGCAGCCAGAUCCUCUCAUCAGCCACUGAUGCACUUAAAAGACUCAGUGAGAAAAAAUGCCAAAAUGCAUCACAAAGGAAAAGCAGAAUUGUUUUCCACUUCUUUCUAGGAAAGGGAAAGGGUCUCGACAAGAUAGUCCACAAAAGUGUUUUUGGGAAGCAGAUUAAGGACACCCUGAGUGACAGAAAACUGAAAUGGCUUAAAGGGGAGGUUUGGAAAACAAGCGAGGUCGUCCAGUUACUGAAACGCGUUGAUGGACGGUCAGAAAAAGGACAACUAUUCAUCCAAGGUGGAACCAGAGACAGCAGGAUUAGGAUAUUUCCUCAAAUUUCUAACACUCUACCACAUGGAAAUGAAAAUGUAACUUUCUAUGUGGGCUUUUCAUUUGGUGGAGUGUUUGCUUUUGACAUCCAAGUAAAGAAGUAACUUCCAGUGGCAACUCUUAACAUCUGCAAAUACAAGUAGAGCUUUAAUUGUUCCUUAAGGACUUUGUUUACAUGUUAAAUAUUUAAGUUCCAUGUCUACCUUCUGACUGGUUCAUUUCAUUUACAAUGUUCCAAAAAGUGAAAGAGUGUAGUGCAUUAGUUUUUAUGUAAUUCUGCUGACAAACCAACUAGCAAAUGGAUACAGAUGAAAACACAACAGAAGUAAUGCAUCUUUGAAUUUAUAUUAUUUGAACUCUAUUUAAUGAUCUGACAAAUAUAGAAUGGCCAAAGGUCAAAAUGUCCCUGAUGUAUGUAAAAUAAAAAGCAUUACGAUGCAAUUACUAAUUCGACAUUUAGCUGUUGACCAUACUUUAUGCUCAAGGGAAUCAUAGUAGUUUAAUAAAAAUAUAUAAAAGUGUAUAUGUAGAAGUGCAUGUGUGGGUUCAUAUAUGAAUGUAUGUAUGUACAUAGUGUUAAAUAUUGUUAGCCUCAUAGCAUAAUUGUCAGGUCAUAGCCAAUGAUGCAAAAUGAAGCAGCAGUGUUGUGAGAGUUAAGUUAUGUACAUCUCACAAUUUGGCCAAAAUUAUGACUUUUCUAUUAUUACGCUAUGAGGCAAAUGCCACUGUGACCUGUAAGUUGCAAUGCACAUGUGUAAAUGAGGCAUAAUAUUGAUCUUCAGAAAUGUCAGGUUAAAUCAUGGUUGCUGUAUCACAUAUUUUAGCAUGAUUGCACUUGAAUAAUGUUAACACUUUUCUUUUUAAUGUUUGUCUUUAGUGUUUUUUAUA